AUUAUUAAAGUUUAUGGUAUUACACAAGAUCUUAACACGAAAGAUUAUAUGCUAAUAAUGGAAUAUGCAAACGGUGGGGAUUUGCAUAAAUAUUUGCAAAACAAAUUUAGAAAUAUUACAUGGAAUACAAAAUUGCAUAUUUUAUGGAAAAUUUCAGAAGGACUUAAUGCGAUUCACAAAAAAAAUUUUAUACAUCGAGAUUUUCAUAGUGGAAAUAUCUUAUCAUCAUCAUAUCAAUCAUGGCUGAUUUGUGAUUUGGGAUUAUCACAACCUUCAAAUAGUACUUUAUCAAACAAUGAAAUAUAUGGAGUAAUACCAUAUAUUGCACCUGAAAUAUUUAAGGGUAGUGAAUUUUCAAAAGAAUCCGAUAUUUAUAGUAUGGGUAUGAUUAUGUGGGAAUUAACAACAGGUUGUAAACCUUUUGCAAAUAUUGACCAUGAUAUUAAUCUUAUUUAUAAAAUUAUUGAUGGAAAACAACCUGAAAUCACGAAUGAUACUCCUGAGUGUUUUGCUAAUUUAAUGAAGAGGUGCUUGAAUCCAGAUCCUUCAAAGAGGCCUCUAAUAUCUGAAAUUACAGAA